AUGGUCUCUUCUUCACGCACAACGUGGAGUUAUACACUGCAACUGGUACUCUCACUCCUCUCUAUCGCACUCACCCACGGUGCCCCCAACCCGAACCCCAACCCCCGUGCAAAUGCCAUGUCCAUCCACGACCGACGCACCGCCGUGCCCAAAGGCUACACCCCCGUCUCCAUCGCGGAUUUCAACUCGAUGAUCCAAAUGCGCAUCAGUCUCACUAUGGGGAACCGCACGGGCCUAGAGGACGCGUUGAACAAGGCUAGUGAUCCGGAAGGUGAGGGGUAUGGGAGGUGGUUGAGUAGGGAAGAUGUCCAAUACUACGCCGCCCCCUCCCGUGACGCCCUCUACUCCGUCCGCACAUGGCUCGCAUCAAACAACAUCACCCCAGAAUCCACCACCGUCUCCGGGGACUGGAUCACAUUCAACGUGUCAGUCGGCACCGCGGGUUCCAUGCUCAACGCGACGUAUAACGUGUACGAACACACGGCGAGCGGGAAACAGUCGGUGAGGACGUUGGAGUAUAGUGUUCCGGAGGAGGUAAGGGAGCAUAUUAGGGCGAUACAUCCGACGACGUCAUUUUAUCAUUCGGCUGGGGCUAGGAUCAUUUCCCUUAGUGGACAUCACAAGUCUAGUACACCUCAAGCAGCUGUCAACAACAAAGCAUCGUCAGCCUCAACCUCUUCCUCAACCUCUUCCUCUUCCUCUUCUUCGAGUGCCGCCCUCCCCACCUCCACAGCAAGUUUCUCGAAAUGCAACGACACGGUGACACCAGCGUGUUUGCAGACGUUGUAUGGUCUCCCGACGGGGGUUAUUAAGACGAGUAAUAGUACUAUAGGAGUGUCGGCUUUUGCGGGACAGGAUGCUAAUAAGGCCGACUUAGCGAGUUUCCUGAAACUCUUCAGACCAGAUCUAUCUUCCGACACAUUCGCGACGCAGCUCCUGGACAACGCCACGAAUAGCCAGACGCUUUCGGAUUCUGGUAUCGAAGCAGACUUGGACAUCCAAUACACAGUCGGUCUCGCGAAUGGUAUCCCAACGACUUUCGUCGACGUGGGUGACGACACACACGAUGGGGACGACGGGGGGUUCCUUGAUAUCGUGAAUGAUUUGUUGGCGGAAACGAACCCGCCGUUGGUGUUGACGACGAGUUAUGGAGUCGCGGGGGAUGAGAGUGGGUUGUCGCGGGAGUUGACUUUUGCGAUGUGCGACGCGUUCAUGAAACUCACCGCACGUGGGGUGACGAUUUUGUAUGCUACCGGAGACGGUGGGGUCGCCUCGUCGCCCGGGGAAGAUUGUGACGAUGAACCGUUCUUGGCCGCCUGGCCGACUUGUCCAUACGCAACCCUAGUAGGCGCCACCACCAACAUCCCCGAAAAAGGCGCCGACCUCUCCGCCGGGGGUUUCUCCAACUACUUCACCCCCCCGUCCUGGCAACAGCCCGCCGUAGCAUCCUACCUCGCCGCCAUCGGGGACGACUUGUACCAAGGCAGAUUCAACCGCUCCGGACGCGGGUUCCCCGACGUCUCCGCGCAGGGGGAUAAGAUCCAGAUCGUGCAGGGCGGUGCGGUGACACCGGUGGCAGGGACGUCGGCGUCGUCUCCGAUUUUCGCGGCGGUCGUGGCGUUGUUGAAUGAUGAGUUGUUGGGGAAGGGGAAGCCGCCGAUGGGGUUUAUGAAUCCGUGGAUUUAUGCGCAUAUGGAGGCGUUUAAUGAUAUUACGGAUGGAAGCAAUCCCGGAUGUGGUACAACUGGUUUCCCAGCUCUUGAAGGUUGGGAUCCAGUCACCGGAGUCGGAUCACCUAACUAUCAAGCGAUGAGGAAAGCUUUGGGAUUGUCGUGA